AUGGCGAAGAACAUGACUCUGUUGUGGCAGUCUGGCUCUCCACCUUGCUGGAGGGUGAUGAUCGCCCUGGAGGAGAAGAACCUGCGCGGGUACAACCAACAAAUGCUCUCCAUCAAGAAAAUGGAGCACAAGUCGCAGAAGGUCCUGGAGAUCAACCCAAGAAGACAACUUCCCGUCUUCAAACACGGCAACCGCAUCCUGAACGAGUCCUACGCUGCCUGCUUCCACCUGGAGAACCACUUCAAGAAGCGGGGAAACAAGCUGAUGCCAGACUGUCCUGCAGAACUCGCUAUGAUGUACCAGCGCACGUUUGAGGGCAUCACACUCUACCAGAAGACUCGUAAGUUAAUAGUGGCCAAGUCAACAACGUUGAAUUAG